CACUGCUAACAUUUCCUGACAUUCUGUUCCUCAAAAUGUCUUCCAAAGACAAGAUUGUGAUUGCUUUUGAUCUCUAUGGAACGCUCCUUUCUACUGAAAGCAUUGCAAAGGACCUUGCUACCCAUUUCGGGCAGGAGCAAGCAAAUAAAAUUGCUACAUUGUGGCGCAGAUAUCAGUUAGAGUAUACCUGGAGAAUGAAUAGCAUGACAUUGUACAAGCCGUUCUCAGAGAUCACGAGUGCAGCUCUCAAGCACGCUCUAGCAGAGUCCUCGGUCAGCCUCUCUGAUGAAAAUAUCAGCAAACUGAUGAAGGCAUAUGACAAUCUUGGCACUUUCCCAGACGUUCAGCCAGGCCUCGAAGCCAUAGCAUCAGAUCCAUCAAUCGACGCAUAUGUCUUCUCCAAUGGAAGUGACGACAUGGUCUCCGCAUCCGUGAAUCAAUCUCCUUCCCUAUCAGCUCACGCUUCAGUCUUCAAAAGUCUCGUCACUGUUCAAGAGAUUGAAGUUUUCAAGCCUGAUCCAACGGUCUACCAUCAUUUGUGCAAAAAGGCUGGCAAGUCCUUCAGCAAUGAAGAUAUGGCGAGCGUCUGGCUUGUGAGUGGAAAUCCAUUUGACAUUGUUGGUGCCAGAGCAGCAGGAAUCCAGGCGGCUUGGGUUGACCGAGGUAGUGGCCAUUCUGGGAAUGGGGGGUGGACGGACCAGUUGGGAACUUUGGCUAGUGGUGGGCCUACUAUCAUCGUAAGUGGUGUUGAGGAGGCUGUGACGGGAAUUAAGAAGUGGAUGGCAGAGAAUGCGGGAGGAAGUGGUGGUGGCAAUAAUAAGGAGCCUGCGACAAUGGGUCCUGGAUGAGCGUGUGAAUAGUUUUGACGACUCUUAUAUAGGUCAAACGUAAUGGACGAGUAUUUUAUGAUCAAGUUGGGCGC